AUGGCCUCCAAAAUCACCAAAUCAAUUUCUCGUACUCUUUACACUUCUCGUUACUCUUAUCGCCUCCUCUCAUCCACGUCAUCAUCAUCAUCUUCAUCAUCACCGUCCAUUACUCAACAACCAUCUCUCCCAACCGUCAGAUCUUCAUUUCUACUUUCCCACUCUCUCCUCCCUACAAACCCUAAUUUCCUUAAACCCUUCAGUCUUAACUCGGUCCGGUUCAGAGUGAACCGGUCAGGUAACUCACCGUAUACUCCUGGAACCGGUGACCGGGCACCGACUGAAAUGGCCCCACUGUUUCCGGGCUGUGAUUAUGAACAUUGGCUUAUUGUUAUGGAUAAACCUGGUGGUGAAGGUGCUCAUAAACAGCAAAUGAUUGAGUGUUAUGUUCAAACCCUUGCUAAAGUCCUUGGAAGUGCUCCGACUGAGAUGGCCACACUGUUUCUGGGUUGUGAUUAUGAACAUUGGCUUAUUGUAAUGGAUAAACCUAUAAACCUGGUGGUGAAGGUGCUCAUAAACAGCAAAUGA